AUGGCCGUCAAAAUCACCACUCGAGACCUAGAGCAAGAGAUCAUCGAUCUCGAAUCCCGUCUACAACAUGCGCGGAAACGUCUAGCAUUGGCAUCGUCCUCCCCUUCCACACCGCUACCGCCGUACAACAACCACCACCACGAUGAUGGCGACUACGACUAUGACACGACUCCCACCAAGGCACCACCACCACCACCUUCAAUCCCGAUUUCGCACGCGCUUCUCCUCCUCUCCGACUCCGCCCUCCCGCUGGGCUCCUUCGCCUACUCCAGCGGUCUGGAAUCCUACCUAGCCCACAACAAACCGCUCCCCCGCACCGUCACCCCCGUGGCCUCGUUCCAUCGCUUCCUGAAGCUCUCGAUCGCCUCGAUGGCCAGCACCUCCAUCCCCUACGUGCUCGCCGCAUACCGGAACCCGGAGGAGCUGGAGACGCUGGACAACGACAUGGACGCCUCGACGCCCUGCAUCGUGGCGCAGCGCGCGAGUGUCGCCCAGGGCCGGGCGUUGAUCGGGGUCUGGGAGCGCGCGUUCCGGGCCUCCUACGCCGCCGCCGCCGGCGGGACGACGACAACGACAACAACAACAACAACCCUCGCCCCCGCCGCGGCGGCCGCGGUGCAGGCCAUCUCCGAUUUCUCGGACGCGUUGAAGCUGUGCGGCGAUACGGCGGACGAGCUGGGGCCCAAGGGCCAUCUGGCGCCGCUGUGGGGGGUCGUGUGCUCGGCCAUGGGCAUGGAUGCCCGCCAGACGGCGUAUGUGUUCAUGGUGAACCACGCCAAGGCGGUGCUGAGUGCGGCGGUCCGGGCCUCAGUCAUGGGCCCGUAUCAGGCGCAAAGCGUGCUGGCUAGUCGGCGUCUGCAGGACAUGGUCACCGAACGCAUCGACAAGGAAUGGGAUACCCCCGUCGAAGACGCCGGGCAGAUCGUACCGCCGUUGGAUCUGUGGGUGGGCAGACACGAGCUGCUGUACAGUCGGAUCUUCAAUUCCUGA